AAAGGAAAAUACCCAAAUUUCUGGGUUCGCAACGAACCUCACCUAUAAUUGCUUCCAUCACCUUUUUACCAACCCAAGGUUCAAAACUCACGAAAAGAAUCAGUGCUUGCUUCCUAAUAUUCACCUCUCCCACACCGACCCAGAAGCGGCCAGGCAGCCAUGGCAGACUACGAAGUGCCCGACCCCCCGCCGCCCCCUGGCUCUCCACCUUCUCUCCGCCGACUCCUUGCUCUUCCUCACGAGUGUUGGCCUGCUUCGUUGAAGCUGCAACCUGUUCGGCCCCAAAAUCUGCCUGACCAACCAGUGGAGGCUUGGAAUGAACGAGAACUCCCUUUCGUGAGCUCAAAUCCAGUACUGUCGAGUUUACUGCCGCCGGAAUUGGCUAGAAUCCCCGGCCAAACAUGCAAAGGCGCGCAGGUGCAACGCCAUGGAAGCCGUGACAAACGGCGUCACGAAAACUAUGUUAGUUUACGGUUUAUAGAUGGAGUGGGAAACGGUGGUUGUUUGUCUUUUGUGGUCGCUGCUAUGCUUUCUGUAGGGUUGAUUAUUGACUUGUGAAAUUCUGUUUUUUAAUUCCUUUAAAAGCUCAAUGAUAACUCAAUAUCAAAGGUUGGUUUCUUCUCAUUUUCCUAAAUAUUUUCUACUGCUGGAGUCUUGAUGUUGGUUUUUGAGCCUUAGUGAAUGUGGGAGUUACAGAUGCGUGGAUUUUUCAUGUCCAGAUACAUUGAUUUCUUUGUGUCUGGAUUCUUCAGAAUUGUUUUUAUUUAUUUU